UCCACCAAUCAGGGAGUGCGUUCUGCUUUCCUCGUGCGGCAAGAUGGCGCUGAGAGAGCUGUCCUCGCUGGAGAAAUUUUUGGGAUUGAAUAAGCUAAAUAAAUACAGCACACAAGGAGAAAGAAAGGUCCCUGUUCUCCAGAACAACAAUGGUUCUUCUUUGGUCGGGUUAGCCACCAUCAGCUCCCAUCUGGUACGUGAGGCUAAAAAAAGAGAACUGCUGGGCGAUUCACCUGAGCAAAGAGCUGUGGUCCAGCAAUGGUUGGAGUAUCGAUUGACCCGACUUGAUAACUGUUCUAAGGAUGAAUUCAAGAUUAUUCUCAGGGAGCUUAAUCAGCAUCUUGUGGAUAAGGUGUAUCUGGCUGGAAACAGCAUCACUCUGGCGGAUGCGCUGAUGUACUAUGGCAUCCACCACAUUGUUAUGGAGCUUGCAGUACAGCAAAAAGAAAAGUAUUUGAAUGUGACUCGAUGGUUUGAUCACAUCCAACACUAUCCAGGAGUACGUCAUCACCUGCCUCCUGUGGCAGUUCUAAGGAACAGAGUUUACCCAAGCAGUCAGCACUGACCAUCUUCUGUUGUUCUUUUCCUAAUGGGUAAUGCAGGGCAGUCCCAUCUUCACUUGUUUACCCUCUCUGUGCUGCUUCCUAUAGGAUGGGUUUUAUGUAUGACAUAAUUAAUGAGUUUGGCAGAGAGGAUGCAUUGUAGGUACUUUUCCCAAGUUUAACCUUGUAUGACUUCAGGCGAGUAUUAUUUAUAAGAUAUAUACUACAUAAGUAUAAGGAAUAAAGCAAAAGAAAAAUUGCAUGCAGCUGGUAUUCCAAGCCAUUCAAGUUUCUAUUUUAGUCCCCUUAUUCAUGUUGUCUCUUUUUUUUUUUAUGCUGUUCAGUUUUCUUUGGUUAAUCAUGUUUUUCUGAGCUGUAGUAAUAGUAUAUGUGUGGGCAGUGUACAGUGCUUAGCCUGGCAUACUGAGUUUGUGCUCUGGGGCACAGGGCAGGCAACCAGCUGCAGCAGGCAAGCCAGUGCCAGUCCUGCUUCCUUUUUUCAGCAUCCACACAGCCAGUUGCCGAGAGCGACUGCACAUUAUUUCAUCAUUUCAACCAAAAUGAGCUGAAAAAUCCUAUCCUGGCACAGAAGUGGGCUUUUGAUUCGAUGCAAAUGAUUACUUGCUGAAACACUAACAAUGUCAGAGAUUUGAGUAUUUCAGAAUUUUUUUAUUUUAUUUUAAUAGUUAUUUUCUUUAACACUUCUUUAUCCACCCUGUAAAUGGAAAAAAACGACAUUUUAAAUGGCAGGAGAGGGGGUUAAAAAUAAGAUUUCUUGUUCAAGUCUUAUUUCUGGAGGGAAAAAAACUAAUAUAUAUAAAUUUUCUGCUCUGGAUGGAGUCAGCUGAUUUUGUGGUGGAACAUCUGAUAAAUAAUAAUUUGAUAAUUAAGGUUUGGGAUAUGUAACCCCAUUGCUUGUUAAUUUCUCUACCCAUUUACUGACAAGUAUCCCUGUUGGUGUAUUUCCAAACUCCUAUGUUUUCUUUUUCUAUUUUCUUUUCCCUUAUUUAUUUAUUUUUUUAAGGCUACUGCUCCUAAGUUGAAUUUUGCUAUUUAAUUUGAAAGAACUGUAUCUUGUGCCAAUAAAUAAAUGGGAAAAUCAAAAUGUAAAAAAAAAUUCUUUUGUAAUUGUUGCACUCGCAGAAAAAAAUAGUGGAACAAAGCUGCAUUUGUUUGUAACAAAUCCUGCAGUCAUCAAAACAGGCCUUGUGACUACAUAAUGAAUAUCUUCACAGUUGAGUGUUUGUUUCCCUGCUUAUUUCUGUCCUAUUAUGUUUAAUGGGCAAUCAGAUAUGGAUAUCUACUGUAGAUACAGAAGCUUUGCAUUGAUUUGACUAUUAGAGUAAAGCACUAUUUACAUAUAACUGACCAAAC